AUUCUGCCUCUAAUCUCCACAACAGCCUCGCUUCCCACAGCAGCCCAAGGUCGGGUUGAUCCUGACCGGUGCUUCGAAUUUUUCGCUUUCACUGGCCUCCAGAAACCAUGUCAUGCGCUCCUUUGCAACGGAAACGCUAGAGGGAAAACUGGUUUGAGAUGCUCGAGCCUUUGAUCGCGAUAUAAAGGAGGUGCUCAAACAUGAAGAUGCUAAUGCGACAUGGGCUGGCUGUGUCUUUAGCGCUCACCACCAUGUGCACUAGCUUGUUGCUCAUGUACGGAAGCAUCGGUGGUAGUGCUGGGGCAGGCGGUGGAGGAGGAGGCCGGAAGGAGCAAAGCCAGCAGCAGCAGGUGGCGGUGACAGCCAGCCAGAAGCCGGAGAAUCAGCAGCAACUGGCCACUUCUGGCCAGCGACGCCCACCCGCACUUCCUGACCGACCCUUGGACGGCUACAUCAGUGUCCUGGAUCACAAGCCUUUGAAAAUGCACUGUGCAAGCUGUGCUCUAGUAACAAGUUCUGGCCAUCUUUUACGGAGCCAACAAGGCCACAAGAUUGACCAGACAGAGUGUGUAAUACGAAUGAAUGAUGCACCCACACGGGGAUUUGGAAAAGAUGUUGGAAACAAGACAAGCUUGCGAGUUAUUGCUCACUCAAGCAUCCAGAGAAUUUUGCGAAAUCGCAGUGAACUGUUAAAUAUGAGCCAAGGGACAGUCUUUAUCUUCUGGGGUCCCAGCAUCUACAUGAGGAGAGAUGGGAAAGGAUUAAUUUAUAAUAAUCUACAGCUCAUUAAUAAGAUACUACCUCAGUUAAAAGUAUACAUGAUAUCCCGACAUAAAAUGCUUCAAUUUGAUGAACUCUUCAAACAAGAAACUGGGAAAGACAGGAAGAUAUCCAACACGUGGCUUAGCACUGGAUGGUUCACAAUGAGUAUCGCAUUAGAGUUAUGUGACAGGAUAGAUGUCUAUGGGAUGGUACCAUCAGAUUUCUGCAGGGAUACCAAUCAUCCAUUUGUACCCUAUCAUUAUUAUGAACCACUGGGACCCGAUGAAUGUACAAUGUACGUUUCACACGAACGGGGAAGAAAGGGAAGUCACCAUCGUUUUAUCACAGAGAAACGAGUAUUUGAGAACUGGGCCCGGACAUUCAACAUUCAUUUUUUUCAGCCAGAUUGGAAACCAGAAACACUUCCCCUAAAUCAAGCUAAUAUUAAACUUGUAUUUUGAGGAGUGAAUGCACAAGGCUGUAACCACAGUCACCUGAUCUUUCAGGCCAUCGUAUCACGGCAAGCCAGUGUAAAGAAGAAAGGUUAUAACAGGGUUUGUGGAUAAAAACUGCUACAGAUUUCAGGAAGAUGUUUCCGAAAAAUACCUAAGGUUUAUUGGUAUCUAGUUACAUCUUAAGCAAAUACUUUAAUUUCAGUCUGUUGAACUCACAUAUGUGUAUGUGAUUUGUUGAAAAGAAGAAAAAGAUGAAGAAACCUCAUUAGCAUAAUUUGAGAUGUUUAAUUCAUUAUGUUUUUAAGGCAUAUUGCCACUGGGUUUUCAUAGUGACAUUUUACAGUUACUUAGUGGAGGUUUUUAAUGCAAUUCAGUAUUUUUCUAUUUCAUAAUGAUAUGGUUAUUUAUCUUUCAUAGUUCCUCCAAAACUAAGAUUUAUAUUGCUGCUGGUUUAAGGCCCAGCUUCUUGUUUAUACAUUUUCUCUUUGAAAUCUAGGAUGACUCUAUCUAGCAU